AUGACUUCUGAUAUACUGUUGACGCACUCGCAACUUAUACCAACUCCGCAGGAGGAUGAAACUACGAAUGGGUCCGGUAAUGUUUUCACCAUAGCUGUUGAUAUUGGUGGCACGCUUGCAAAGGUGGUUUUCAUGCCACUCAAUACCAAUAGAUUGAUGUUCAGAACUUUGGAAACUGAGCGGAUCGAGGAAUUCAUGGAACUCUUACAUGAUAUCAUACAAGAGUAUCACGAUGGGCUAUACGAACGUACGCUAUUAGUAGCUACCGGAGGGGGCUCUUAUAAAUUUUAUGAUUUAUUAGUUGAGCAGUUCCCAACUGUAAUUGGUAUAGAGCGAUCUGAUGAAAUGGACUGUUUGAUCAAAGGGUUAGAUUUCUUCAUUCACGAAAUACCAAAUGAAAUUUUUACUUAUAAUGAUCUGGAAGGAGAAGAAGCAGUGGAACCACUACAUAAUUCUAACUCCAUAUAUCCCUAUAUGUUGGUAAACAUAGGGUCCGGGGUGUCUAUCUUGAAAGUGGACUCUCCAACGUCCUUCAGUAGAGUUGGGGGAUCAUCUCUUGGAGGAGGCACCCUUUGGGGUCUAUUAUCUUUGAUCACAGGCGCUAAAUCUUUCGAUGAAAUGUUAAGUUGGGCGCAUAGGGGCGAUAAUACUAACGUUGAUAUGCUCGUUGGUGACAUCUAUGGCACCGCAUACGAUAAGCUAGGACUAAAAUCUACUCACAUUGCAUCGUCCUUUGGGAAAGUGUUUCAAAACAGGUCACAGGUGGAGCCCGAGGAUAAAAGGUAUCCAUCACCGUCUGAAACUUCUACAGAAGACAUUCAAAAAGAUAAAAAAUUCAAUAAUGCCGAUAUUUCGAAGUCGCUACUCUAUGCUAUCUCAAAUAACAUUGGCCAAAUUGCAUAUUUACAAGCUAAAAUUCACCACGUUAAAAACAUAUAUUUUGGUGGCUCCUAUAUUAGAGGACACUAUACUACUAUGAAUACCUUAAGCUACGCUAUCAACUUUUGGUCAGAGGGCAGAAAGAAAGCGUUUUUCCUAAAACACGAGGGUUAUUUGGGAGCAAUGGGGGCUUACCUCCUUGCGUGCAAAGACAAAAUGAGCAGCAAUGUUGAACCAUCCUGA